AUGAGGAUCCUGGCGCCGCCGAGCAUAGCGCGCCUGUGCGCUGACGCCGCGGGCGUGGUGGUCGCUGGGAGGAAGGAGGUGAGUAAGGAUGGCUCUAAUGGUUCUCAGGGGGCGGUUGCGGCGGCCGAGAGCAAAAAGCAAGCGGCUGCUGUGGUCUCGCAUGACGACCAGGGCAUUGCUACUGCUGUUGCUGCUGCUGCGAAUAGCCCUCAGGUUUCUGCGAGCGGCUCGACCAUUUCCAAGGACGGCGUUGCCUCUACGUAUCCCAAGGUGUUCCGCAGAUAUACCGACGACUUAUACCCCCUUGACACGGUCUGUAAUGCAGUCGAGUUCGUCUGCACCCGCCCUUCGGAGCCUAGUAUUGUGGCCGUAAUCGAGAAGGUUUACGAUAACAGCCGUGGACCAGAGUUGGGUACCUUCGGCGGUACCGUCUUCACUGCUGUGUUCCAGAAGCAGUCCGAGAAGGCCCAUCGUCCUCGCUCAGACAAGCAGGGCUAUCGUCCUGGUGCACGACUUCGCCUCACAGCUGCUCCGUACGCUCUGCAGGGUAAGCGCAUUGCCAACCACUUUAAGGCCAAGGCGCACAUCGACAACCGCGGGAAUCGGGCCGUGUACGUCACCUCGCUCGAACCCCUGGCCGGCAACAAGGAUAACGCGCAGCAGGUGCGCGAGGACAUCCUCGAUACGCUCAAAAGCUGCUACAAAGUGGCCCGAAAGCGCAUCGUCGACUCCGUCUGCCAGCAGGUCGUCUUCCACUACCUCCUCGAGGCGCCCGACAGCCCCCUCCACGUCUUCGGCACUGACCCGAUCGUGUCGCUCGACGACGCGCAGCUGGAGGCCAUCGCCGGCGAGGACGCCGAGACGGCGCACCGCCGCCAGGCGCUCGCGAGGGAGAUUGAGAGCCUAGAGCUUGGCGUCAAGAUUCUGCGAUCAUAA